CGGCUUUUGCUGAUUCGUAGUUUUGUGUUUGUGUUUGGCUUUCUUUUGGAUUGACCUUCUAUGACCCAUUUAUAUGGUGAGUACAGGGUUGAAAUAAAGAGAAAGUAACAGGUACUUGAAUCAUGAAUAGCAUGAAGGGAAUGAGUACAGAGAGUUACUUGUUAUGUUUCUUAGUUUUAUGUGUUGAAUUAUUAGUUAUUGUUUAUGAACUAACAUUAUUAUGUUUGUUUUUAAUUGGUUUUAGGAAGGGCCAUGUUUGAAUUGGUUCCAACUUGUAAAUGUUUUAAUUCUACUUUUGUUUUGAGGUUGUGAACUCAAGUUUUAUUGUCAAAGUUAGAUUUAUUUUUUAGACUUCCGCUGUUUGAUUUUGAAAAUUAGCCUUAGUCGUUAUCAUGGUGGCGGUAAUAUUUUGGUUAUUUCCUAAAAAGGGUUUUAAUUAGAGUAAAAAGAGUAUUUUAAAAAGAAGGAAAUUUCUAGGGUAUUACACUAGGCACUAGUGAUGGGGAGGCUGGGCUGGGUGGCGAUUGUGGGGAGGUGGUCUAUCGCCGGCGGGAGGAGACUAACAUGUGGCUGGAGGUGGUUUUUUUUUUUAAAAAAGUUUUUUUAAUAAUUAGUUGAACAAUUUAAAAAAUAACAAAUAAGAUGCUGCCACGUGGCAUACUUAACCCUAAUGACAAACGAAAUUGAGUGUCGUUAGUCAUUAAGGGUAUUUUGUAAAAUUCAAAUAUAGGGUGAGUUUAAAUUUUAUAGGUAUAUGGUGAAUAAAAAAAAAAAAAAAUUACUCAAUAAUGUACAGUGAAAAAUCCAAAAAUUUAACUAUACGGAGUAGAUUUAUUCGAAAAAUAAAAUUAAGGAUUUUUUAACGGAGUAAAAUAAAAAACAAAACUCAUAAAAUUAUAUUUCGCCUCGUUCAAAUUUCAACUUUUCCGCGCCUCUUCUCCUAACUUCUCCUCGUCUCCACCAUCCACACACACUCAACACCUCUCAACUCAACAGAAAAUCCGGUGGAAAACAAAACCAGAUAUGGCCGUCACUUCCACCAACAUCAACCAAGCUUUCUCCUUCACCAGUGACCCUCUUCUUCCAUGGCUACAUUCAAUUAAGAAGGGAUUGGACGAUCUAUUUGCAGAUCAUAGUGAAGAGAACAGUUUAGCUGUUGAUAAGCUUGUUUCUGACUGCAUCAGAACAUUCAAGAACAAUCCUCGCUGUCAAAAUGAUGUUCGAUUUCUCAAAGUUUGGUUUCUCUAUAUGGAUUGCAGUAGAGAUUUCCAUAGUGUUUUUAAAGAAAUCGAGGAGCUCCAGAUUUGUCUCGGUAAUUCUGUACUAUACGAGACGUGUGCCGUGUUUUUGGAAGCUAAAGGGCAAUUAAUUGAUGCUCAUGAAAUCUAUCGUUUGGGCAUUUCAAGGAAUGCUGAACCUAUUGAAAGCCUGAAGAAAGCGCACAAAUUGUUUCUUGAGAGGAUUUCAGUUGUACACAAGGCAUGUUCUAUUCAUCAGAAUGUUCAUAACGAUACAAAGAAGCUUGGACAGACUUGUGUCAACCCAUGGUCGUCUUCCACCAUUGAUGAAGUUUUGCAGAAGAUUCUUCCUCAUUUAGUGAAAUAUGAUGGAUACCAUUUUAGCUCAAAAAACUUUCCAGGAAAGGUUGCUUUGUCUACAUUACAAAAGUCAUCUAGGAAUAAAAAAAUAAAGAUAGGUGGAAGGGACUAUCUGAUCAAAGGCUGUGCUGGUCAUGGUGGAUUUGCCCAAGUUUUUAAAGCUUGCAUUGACUCUGACCCUGAUGAAAUUGUUGCACUUAAGAUACAAGCACCUCCUUUCCCUUGGGAAUUUUACAUGUAUCGUCAGCUUGAUCAGCGUCUCCCAACUGAGGAAAGAUCCAGGUUUGGAAAUGCUCAAAGGAUGCAUCAUUACUCAGAUUACAGCAUACUUGUUUGUGACUAUUUGUCACAUGGGACCCUUCAUGAUGCAAUAAACUCAUAUAUAGUUGUUGGGGCAUUUAUGGAAGAGGUGUUAUGUAUGUAUUACACAAUUGAGAUGCUUCACAUACUUGAGACUCUACAUAGUUCUGGCAUCAUCCAUGGAGAUUUCAAGCCUGAUAACCUUCUUAUUCGUAAUUCCAGAGUUGAUCUGACAGAUGAUAUGGAACAAUUUGUCAGAAGACGUGGGCCUUGGCAGGAUCAGGGGCUUUGCCUUGUUGACUGGGGAAGGGGAAUAGACUUGAAGCUUUUCUCAGCUGACACUAUGUUUCAUGGUGAUUGCCGUACUUCAGGCUUUUGUUGUGUUGAAAUGCGAGAAGAUAAACCUUGGAAAUUUCAGGUGGACACUUAUGGCCUCUGCGUCAUUGUUCAUAUGAUGCUGCACAACAAAUACAUGGAUUUUGAAAAAAAAGUGUCUGCUGAUGGAGGCCAUUUUUACCUACCAAAAUUACCAUUUAAAAGGUAUUGGAACAUCAAACUGUGGGAUAAUCUUUUCAAAAGGUUGCUCAACGUCCAACCUUGUGAUGAUCACUUGAAGAUGUUGCGAGAACUCAGGGAAUCCUUUCAAGAAUAUGUGUUAUCAGACCCGUCCUUUGUAAAGAAACUGAAGGAGUCACUGCGGAAGCAAAGGCUUUCUCUUUGUUCUGCUUAGCUCUUCAAUUAUGAAGCUAUCUUGUGAAUAUCAAAUGUGAAAUGAAAACAGCAGACAAACAGAAGGUAUACAUCAGUUGCUUAAAAAAUUUAAACUUCUCUCCCCCAUUUCUGUAAUUGUGUGUCUUCUUUCUGCUGGUACUCAGUAAGUUUUAUGAACUUCUGUUCUCAUUAUCCAAAUUAGGUGUCAGUGGUCUACUGAAAUUCAGAGACUCAAUAGAUUGAGGACAUUGAAGACAACUUGAUUUCAUGUCCAGGUUUGGGGCUUCAAAAGAUCUUCAAGAUGUGCAAAUGAAGUGGAAAAUCUAAGUUAAUCUUCUUGAUUGCUAUAACAUGUUAAUCUAAGGGCUGUAUUGGUAUUUCAUCCUAUUAAGUUAAGGAUGCACUUGUAAACUCCGUCUAUCACAGCCGUAACUUAACGACAUCAUAGUCUCUCUCCUUGUAAUUGCUCAAUCCUGUAUUUGUUCAAACGUUCAAACAUGAAGUUUGGAAACCACCCCUUCAAAUCUGCUCGUCUGAGACACUGACUUCAUUUUUGCAGAACUUAAAAAUUUUCCAUUUCAAUUGAACUUCUAAAUUACAAUACCCAGAUUUUAGAUUUUGCAUUUUCUCACAGAAAUCAAAACUUUUCUCAAAAUUUUCUGAGCCCGAAGAACAAAGCUCAAAGCAAUGUCUUCCAUGGUAUCUUCAGCAUUCAGCAUUCAACUUACCAUCAACCAAAACUAACCUUAUUUCAUCAAUCUCACAAAAAAAGUACAUUCUUCACUCUUUUCUCCCCAAAAAAUCAACCCAAUUUACCUCAAGAUCACCCAAAAAUGGUAAAAUCUACUAGCAUCAGUAGCUGGAAACGGUCAAUGUACCAAAAUAUCACCAGAAGUUCGACGAAUUGUCCUAGUGAAAAACAAAAAUUUACCCAGUGUAAAAAUUGUGCAUUAGUCAUAGAAGCUCAAUACCAAUCAUCCCUCUCAGCUGCAGUUCAGACCCUGAACAAAACCUCCGAUAACGCGAAUUUUGAAUUUGUUGGCUACAGGCUACUUAGUUAAGGAGCUUAGGGAUAAAGAGAUUUGAUUAAUGCGACGGCUCAGAGCCCACCAUUUUGAUGGGCCUCGCGUUGAUCACAGAGGUUCAAGCGGCCAAACUCCAUUACAGCUAAAGUUUGAGUUUAUUAAUGCUGGAAUGGUGGAACAGAGAAAACAAAGAGAUCUAAAAAGACUUGGGGAAAUUCAAUAUGGGGCCCACCAUAUUAGUUUGGGAAAAUUCAUUGUGGGGUCCAUUAAAAGACAACCUCAAAAAUUACCAAAUUGAAAAAAAAAUUAAAAAUUAAAAGAUUUGGAAAAUGUUUAUUACUAUUAUAUACUCUCUUCAUCCCUUAUUUAUAUACCUAUUUCUCACAUUUAUUACUCACAUAAUAAAGAAAAAUAGACAUGAAAAUAAGGGAUGAAGGGAGUAAUAUAUCUAGGAAUAUAACAAUACAUUAAUACCAAUUUGCUGACUUAUGUAAUAUUAGUACCAUCAAAACACAUCUUUAUCAUUGCUAAGAAAAUUACACAUUUUUAUAUAAUUUGAUUUGAAAAAAAAAAAAAAAAAA